UGAGCCCUCAGCCCAGCUCCAGCCCGCCCAGCCGGGCUGAGGGGCGUCGGUUCCCUUCUCGGUUCCCGGCAGGCGGCGGGGGAGCCAGGGACGCCGAGACGUUUUCGAUUAUAGGCUGUUUUUAAUUAAAAGCCGGAAUUCAGCCAUUUUAACUGCAUUUAAGGGGGAGAAAAGUAGAGAGAACGCAGCGGAGCCCGCAGAUGGCCGAGCCAGCUUCUCUACCAGAGCGAGGGUGUUCCGGGGGCCUUCACCUCGACUUCCCCAAAGUGGGGCGUCGGGGCAUGCUCCGAAGCUUUAGCUUUUAAAAGAAAGCUACACAAAGAACAUUUUUUUAAAAAAUCACGGAAAGCUCAUCGCCUCCUUAAGACAUGUAUCCUCGGAUGUGGCGAUCUUAGAUUUUUCCAAAACGCCGUGUGCGCCGCCUCGCGCAGCUCCUCCUGGCCGCCCGAAGGGGCCCCACCGCCGGCCGCCUGUGCGCCCCGGGCCGCGGGCCCGAAGCCGAGCGCAAGCCCCGCUGGCCGCCGCCGCCAUGCACGCCGCGGAGCCCCCGCCGCCCGAGGACUCUGGGACUACGCCGAGGCCGAACUUUUAGGUCCCACUGAGCGAGGCCCGUGGGCCGGGUGGGGGGCUGGCUGCGGCACUCCCGCGGAGGAUGGAUGGCCGAGACUUCGGGCCUCCGCGGUCCGUGCACGGCCCCCCGCCGCCUCUGCUGUCCGGCCUGGCUAUGGACAGCCACCGCGUGGGCACCGCUGCGGCCGGACGCCUGCCCGCUUCUGGCUUGCCGGGCCCGCUGCCGCCCGGAAAGUACAUGGCCGGCCUCAAUCUCCACCCGCACCCGGGCGAGGCCUUCUUGGGCAGCUUUGUGGCCAGCGGGAUGGGGCCCUCAGCCUCGUCCCAUGGGAGCCCCGUGCCCCUGCCCUCUGACCUCUCCUUCCGCUCCCCUACCCCCAGCAACCUGCCUAUGGUGCAGCUGUGGGCCGCUCAUGCCCAUGAAGGCUUCUCACAUCUGCCCAGCGGGCUGUACCCAUCCUACCUCCACCUGAACCACCUGGAGCCCCCCAGCAGCGGGAGCCCCCUCCUCAGCCAGCUGGGCCAGCCCAGCAUUUUCGAUACCCAGAAAGACGGCUUCUACCUGCCCGCCCCGGGGGCUCCGGGCGCCCUGCACUCUCACGCGCCCUCGUCCAGGACCCCGGGAGGCCACUCCUCCAGCGCCCCGGCCAAAGGCUCUUCUCGGGAAGGUCCAGCCAAGGAGCGGGCGGGCCGCGGCGGGGAGCCACCCCCGCUUUUCGGCAAGAAGGACCCGAGGGCCCGCGAGGAGGCCGCGGGGCCG